AUGAUACUCAUCGUCGUCGAUUUCAACCUUCAUGGUUUGAAUCAGCCCCCCCAUGUAAAAAUUCCUGGCUACGCCCCUGCAUGUGAUCGUAUCUUCUUCGACCUGUAUCAAAUUCUGGUUGCUAUUAUUACCUGUGAUAGACUCUCAUGUCCUGGUCUCAACAUUGUAACCAGUGAGAUCGUGGUGGUUUUUUGGGACCUCUAUGGUGUAAGUCAGAUAUUUGGUGUUAAAGCUGGUUACAAAGGGCUCUACUCCUCUGAACCUUUGGAGCUCAAUCCUAAACUAGUGCAUAGCUGGCACAAUAAAGGUGGCACUGUGCUCGAGACGACAUUCCUCUAG